AUGGCGGCGACCGCGGCGGCGGCCGCCUCAGAACAGCAAAGCUCUAAUGGUCCCAUGAAGAAGUCCAUGCGUGAGAAGGCUGUGGAGCGGAGGAACAUUAACAAAGAACAUAAUAGCAACUUCAAGGCUGGAUAUAUUCCCAUUGAUGAAGAUCGGCUGCACAAAACUGGCUUACGGGGCCGAAAAGGCAACUUGGCUAUUUGUGUGAUCAUCCUCCUUUUUAUUUUGGCUGUCAUCAAUUUGAUUAUCACGCUCAUCAUCUGGGCGGUGAUUCGUAUCGGGCCCAGUGGCUGUGACAGCAUGGAGUUUCAUGAGAGUGGCUUACUGCGAUUUAAACAAGACUCUGACAUGGGAAUUAUACAUCCGUUGUACAAGAGCACAGUGGGAGGCCGGCGAAACGAAGAUUUGGUGAUUGUUGGAGAGAACCAGCCAAUUGUGUUUCAGCAAGGAGAAACAAAACUCAGCGUUGAAACGGAUAAAACAUUAAUCACCAGUGAUAUUGGUAUAGAAUUUGUUGACCCACGGACACAGAACACAUUGUUCAGCACUGACUACAAUACUCACGAAUUUCAUCUGCCGAGCGGAGUAAAAACUUUGAAUGUCCAAAGAGCAUCUACAGAGAGGGUUACCAGUAAUGCUACCAGUGAUCUAAAUAUAAAGACUGAUGAGCGUGCUGUUGUCCGUGGAAAUGAGGGCGUUUUUAUUAUGGGAAAAUCCAUUGAGUUUCAUAUGGGAGGCAAUCUGGAGCUCAGAGCAGACAACAGCAUUAUCCUGAAUGGAAGCGUGGUACUCAAUACAUCCCGACUGCCAAGUUAUUCUUAUGGAGAACAGUUUAAUAAUGGCGACUGGGAACGCUACAAGCUUUGCAUGUGUUCAGAUGGGACUCUAUUCCGUGUUCCAGUGAAGAGCCGCAACAUGGGUUGUCAAACCUCAGUUAAUCCAUGUGGUAAUACGUAUUAAAUGCAAUGCCAGAACAUGACUGAAAGAUAUUUGUAUUUAUUGAGUUGUAUCAUACCAGUUUUUCCAUUUAUGCAAGAUGGAAGAUGUGCUA